UGAGCGGGGUUACGACCCCUUAAUCUGUGUUUCUAGUUCUUCGAGCUCUUCAGAAGGCAACAACGACCUACAUUCAACCGACCCUUUCCAUCCACCACUAGGGCCUGGACCUUUGUGUUUUUCUUCGUCUACCGGCAGACGUGUCCGGCUGUAUGCGGCCGUGAUCGCAAAGCUCUGUGCAACAGAUUGUGCCUGGACAAUCUACCGCUUUUCCAACGCAGGGUGAUCUCAACGUGUAUAACUGGAAAGAUGAAGGCUCGCAUUGAAGAUAACGUCAUCUACUCGCCCUAUCCAAACAUCGAAAUUCCGGUAUGUUCCUUCUACACCCUUGCAAGACAGAGGCUGCUUGUGGAUCCCGACAAGAUUGCUCUGGUUAGUGAUGGCGUGAGCCUCACACGGGCUCAGGUGUUGGCUGGCAUGGAACGCUACGCCGUGGGUUUCCGGCAGCAUGGCGUGCUUCCAGGACACCGGGUCUGCAUUCACAUGGACAACGGAGUGGGAAAUCUAUUAGCCAUGUAUGGCUGCGUCCUGGCUGGAGCAACGAUUGUGUUAGCCAAGACGUCCCUCACCGAACGAGAACUCCGCUACCAAGCAGGAGACGGCGAUUGCACACAUAUCAUCACUGAUGAACAGUAUACAGAGAAGGUCAAGGCAGCAGUUGCAAAUAUGAAUAUGAAAGCCCUCUUCUGCAUGGGACGUGUGUCCGGCUUCGUGUCGGCGUCCCAGUUUUCGCAGCUGGACGAGAAACAGUUCCGCGAGUGCCCCAUUGCCGACCCUCGGAGCACUGUGCUUGUUGUGUGCUACACGUCGGGAACCACGGGGAUGCCGAAGGCCGCGGAAAUUACGCACUACAACUACGUCGCCUGCUUCUACACGACGAGGUUACACGUGCCAUGGGGGGAAGGCGACAUCUUUUUUGGCUCACUGCCAAUCAUGCACCAGUCCGGUAUGGUGUUUCCUAUGAUAGCUGUGCUGGAUGGUAGUUGUUGCGCUCUUGUGUCAGCGAAGCUUACUCCUACGGAAAUCCUGGACACUGUGGAUAAGUACAAGUCGACGGCUGCAAUGUUCGCCCCAUCUCUGCUCCAAGCUAUCGUGCGUCAGAUGCAGCGCACUGGAAGGAGGAUGCCCAGCAUGCGAUCAAUCGUCGUGGGCGGCAGUGUCCUCUCGGCUUCCACAGCCGACGCCACGCGUGAAUCAUUCAGUGGUCUCAAGCUCCUGCUCAACAUGUACGGAAUGACGGAAUCGUGCGGCCUUGUCGCAGGUCAACCGAAGACGUCUAGUGGUCAAAGCAAUGCUGAUGUAGGCGUUCCUGCAACCGGUGUUCGGAUAAAGAUUGUUGACGUAUACACGCGUCGUAAACUUGGUCCCUACAAGACCGGAGAGAUCUGCUACCAAUCAUUGUCUAUGGUGAGGGGCUAUUACAAGCGACCGAAGGAAAGCGCCGAGCUUUUCGACGACGAAGGCUGGUGUAGGUCAGGUGACGCAGGCUACUAUGAUGAAGAUGGCCGGCUGUACAUCGUCGAGCGACUGAAACAGAUGAUCAAGUGCAUGGAUAAUCAGGUCGUCCCCGCAGAGCUGGAAGAACUGCUACUCCGCGAGCACGCACUCGAGAUCGCUGAGGUUUCCGUGGUGGGCCUUCCGCACUCGGACUACGGCGAGGCGCCGGCGGCCGCAGUCGUCCUUACGGAAGAAGCCAGUAGGCAUGACCUGCCAACACUCGCCGAGAGAAUAAAGGCCACAGUUGCCAGUGAGUUGUGUGUGCAGAAACAGGAUGCUUGCGUUAUAAAGGCUAAAUAUUCAAUGCUGCCCCCACUGUUUGUUCAACCCGCGAUCUUUGGUGUUGGUUAA